AUGGUUUACGGAGGAAACAAUAUAGAGACUAUUCCUGUACUGGACAAUCCAAAGGCAAUCCAUAUCGGAUACAAUUUAAUUGACUACAUUGCCUCUACUUUAACCACCCAUGUUCCCGUGUCUACCUAUUGUAUUAUUACAGACACUAACCUAGCUCCACUCUAUUUACCUCAGCUCAUAUCAGCCUUUCGUGCCCACAUGAAUCAGAAUCAAAGGCUACUUACCCGAGUCUUACCACCAGGUGAAAUGACCAAGUCUCGACAGGGCAAGGCAUCCAUUGAAGACUUUAUGUUGAACCAAUCCUGCACGAGAGACACAUGUUUGAUAGCACUAGGCGGAGGUGUGGUUGGAGAUCUAGUCGGGUUUAUCGCCGCUACUUUUAUGCGCGGUAUCCCAUUUGUUCAGAUACCAACUACGCUUUUGGCGAUGGUAGAUUCAAGUAUAGGAGGCAAAACAGCAAUUGAUACUCCCCACGGCAAAAACUUGAUUGGUUCCUUUUGGCAGCCCAAGUUCAUCUUUAUGGACCUGGAGAUGUUAAAAUCAUUGCCUCCGAGGGAAUUGGCAAAUGGUAUGGCCGAAGUCAUCAAGACGGCAGCUAUAUCAAAUGAAGCCGAAUUCGUUAAAUUGGAAAAGGGAAAACAAAUAAUAGAAUCAGUCAUUUUAGGAACAAACCAAAAUAGCGAAGAUAAAAUGUACGUCGCCAGUGUUAUCUCCGCUUCUGCUCGGUUCAAAGCUGAUGUAGUCACCAAAGAUGAGCGAGAGACUGGUCUUCGUGGACUCUUGAAUUUUGGUCACACCAUUGGUCACGCUAUAGAGGCUGUACUUGCUCCUUCCUGGCUGCAUGGUGAAUGUGUCUCGGUUGGUCUUGUGAUGGAAGCAGAGCUCUCUUGUUAUCUCGGUCACUGUGCCCCAGGCGUUGUCGACAGAAUAAAAGUGUGCUUAGACCUUUACAGUCUACCUACUCUGCUGAAUGAAAAGGCCAAGUCAAUGCUCACCAUUGAUAGGAUUAUGACGGCAAUGAAGGUUGAUAAGAAGAAUAAAGGUUCCCAGAAACGCAUCAUACUUUUGUCAGCUAUUGGUCAACCCUUGGAACCCAAAGCAAGUGAUGUAUCCGACGAGCCUAUAGUCAUGAUCCUC